CUCCCUUCGAUCUCUGAUUAGGAUUCUGACGAGCACGAGUUGCUGACUUAUGUCAUCAUUGACUCGAAAUCUUCUUGUAAAUUUGCGUCUUCGAUUUGUUAAUUGGAGGGGAAACCUUGCAACUCAGAAGAUCUGUUUUGCGGUUCUGUGUUGAAUUGAAUUGGAGAUACUUGUCCUUCUCUUCCUUUUAAUUUGAUGUAGAAAAAAAAAUCAGGUUAUCUGGAUUCUGGUGAAUAUCUCCGCAGUUUAUUGAAGAGAUGAAACCAUCUAGGAGGAAAAGGAAGUCGCGAGCUUCUCAGCGGAACGGUAGAGAAGUUUCAGGGGAUGAAAAGAAGGAGAAAGAUAGAGGGUUGGAAUGCUUGACCGAGUUGUUAUCUUCGGUUUCUCUCGAUGGAGUUGGUUCUGCUUAUCGAGAGGUGAAAGAGGAUCCGAAUAAGGAAGCGGAGAUUAUUGGUGGUUUUUCUGAGAACGUUGGAUCCGCUGCCACAAGUUCCAUUUCUUCGGAGAACGUUGAUUCUGCUGCCACAAGUUCCACUUCCUCGGAGAGUUGUUUCGAGGCCAAUGUUGUUCAGACGCCGGUCCGUUCGAAAGGCUUCAGAGGAAGUAAGCAGAAGAGGGUUGUUGCAUCUACGGGCACAGUUUCAAGUUUUUUGGGAAAGGACUAUGUGAUGUCUAGCCCAAGGAAGUCCAAUGAGGUCAGUAAAGAGCACUUAAGCAAUGAAGAGACCGAACAAUUCUUGUGUUCCAUGCUUGGUGAUGAGUGUGAACUGAGUAUGGCGGUAGUCAGAGAUGUCCUGUGUCAAUGUGGAUGUGACGUUGAUCAGGCCUUGGAUAUAUUGCUUGAAUUAUCUUCCUCCUCGUACGACCAGUCCAAGAGCUGUGGCUAUGUUGCUUAUUCUGAAGGCGAUAAACAAGAUAGGGGAACUGCUACCAAGUGCAAUGACAGUUUAGAUGGUACAAUAGGGGAAUGCAAGAUAGCAGAUAGGGCAUUGAAUUCAACUGUCUAUUUAUCUGAACAAGAACUAGAGGAAAUCCUACAAUCUGCUAGGUAUGACAGCAGAUAUGAUUCUGGAAUUAAAAAGUCGAGUCUCCCUCAAAAGGUGUUGGAGUCCUUGUUUAAUAUCCCCAAGAGUGCUGAACAUGAUCCUAGCAGUAUGAACUGGAAGAAUGUAGUAAAGAAAAUGGAUUCAUUGGGGAAAGGAUUGGAUUUUCAUUCUGCUGGCACUAAACUUCAACUGAAGGGUUAUGCUGAAGGAGAUGAAUAUCAGGUGUUCCGGAAAGAGUCAAGUCAGCACUGGGAUUCAAUGAAAUCCUGCUAUCAGAAAGCUGCAACAGCGUAUUCAAGGGGAGAAAGGAGUUAUGCAGCUUUACUUUCAGAACAGGGGAAAGUUCACAACAAAAUGGCUCUGGAGGCAGAUGAAAAGGCUAGCCGGGAAAUAUUUGAAGCCAGGAACAAGAAAAUAGAAAAUGUGGUAACAAUUGAUUUGCAUGGGCAACAUGUCAAACAAGCAAUUAAGCUUUUAAAGGUCCACCUCCUCCUGUUUACAGCAUACAUACCCUCCAUUCUUUUUCUCAGGGUUAUCACUGGAUGUGGGACCCAUGGUGUUGGGAAGGGGAAACUAAAACAAUCGGUCAUAAGCCUUGUAGAGAAGGAAGGAAUUAAAUGGAGUGAAGAGAACCGAGGAACGUUGUUGAUCAAACUAGAUAGGCAGAAAGAGUUGAGUUUUAUCAUGGAGUCCGACAGUGAUUGAGGAUUAAACAAGCAGAUCUGCAGACUUUUCUGACUUGAGGAAGUCUUAUAAGAAUCACUGGAAUUAUGUCAACCUGUUGGAGAAAUUUUCAACUCCAACCUAGAAAACUAAGCUUGGUUUUCUGCUUCUCAACCAUUUAACUUAGAACUCCAGUUAGAUUGUGGCAUAACUGUAGCUAGGAUUAAGUUGUCUUUAGUGUCCAAUGCCAUUCUAGGAGAAUGUUUAUGUGAACUCAAUUUGUAAUAGUUAUACACUCUUGGUAGGUGAAGUUUGGACUUAACCA